AUCGAACAUCACAUCAGUGUGAGUGGACGCCUCCCUCUCGUGCGCUGCGCGGAAGCUCAAAACAAAAGCAGACGCAAAGCCCGUGGAAUUAAACCAACACAAAUGCAAAGCAACAUUCAGCGAAACGCAUCUCUUGAGCGUUUAGAUGAAGCUGUACAUCCGACCACGCGCGUGUUUUGGUUGCGGUACGAGUGUUUUCAGUGGGUUUGAGGUAGGCACUGAGCGGAUCUGGGGCUCUUUGUAAAUGAAUUAGAGAUGCACGCGGCUGGAUCCAGGGUGGACGCUGACCCACACUGCGCAGUAAAUAUCCUCUGGGCUGGGCUCGGAGAGGUUCGGUCGGGCUGAGACGGAUGGUUUAGGAGGAAGAAGUGCGCUGGACCCUCACAGAGGCCCUCAGCUGCGCACAUCAGCUGGUCCGAGCAUCCCCGUGUGUUUAUUUGAGCUCUCAAUUCAUCAUCACCUUUAUUUGACGGGAUCACUCGUCCGGCCUUUCUGUCCGCUGGUACCUGCCCCAUUGACCAAAACCCUGCGAGGAUUCCCACACUGUCUCAACCAGUCUCCUGGACCGUAAGGCAAAGCAAAGAUCUGAUUCCUUACAUCCCAAAUCCAAUUUUUAUUCCACUCUUGGCUACUACAAAUGGACAGGAACAAUCCAGCCUGCAUUAAACAAAAGGAAGCAGUAAUGUUCAUAGCAGAUGAUUUGGACAGAAACUGUUAUGAUACUGAGAAAGUUUUUAUAUUCAGUUAAUUUUUGUCUUGCAAUGAUUUUGUCCCUCUGAGACUCUGAAUAUGGACCUUUGAGAUUCCUGACUGGUUUCCGACAGCCUUUGAGUUGGGUUUUCUUUUCUGGAUUGGAUGCUUAUUUGAUACCUCAACGGCAUAAAUGCAAGGCUGUUGGGUAUUUCAGAAGUGGGUUAUAUAAUCGUCUGUUUAGUUGCCAAACCUCAAUUCCGGAGAACUUGGAAAAGGAGAAAACCUCAUCAGCUAGUGCUGUGAGUGGGGUUUUGUUGGCCUAUUUGGGCCUAAACCCAAUUCUUAACCUUGAUUUAAGGCUACUUGGCAUCCAAAAACAACCUCUUCGUGACUUCCACCAUCAAGACUUUGAAAAUGAACUUUUGAGAGAUCUAACUGGUCCUAGACUUUCUUUGAGGCCCACAAACCCCACAAUCUUUUGAGUUAGUUGUGUUUAAGUUACCUCAUUAGAAAUUUCAGAAGUCAAAUACAUAUACUCAUCAUAUUAUAUUCCAUUUCUAGAGAACUUAAGGAAGGAGAAAACUUCUGCUAACUAGGGUUUUUGCCGACCGGUCAGUCUUGGGACUGAACCCAAAUCUCAGCCUUGUUUUAAAACCAUUUGGCACCCAGAAACAACCUCUGCAUGACUUCAAAGGCUUUUGAGAGAUCUGGCUGGGAUUAAAUACUCUUUGAGGCUGGUUUUGGAGGCCCAGUAAAAUUAAUCCAGUCUUCUGGAUUAGUUGUGUUCAAGAUACGUAGAGAUCAUAAACCCAAGAUUUCAGACAUCAAGUAUAUAUGCUCAUCGUUUCAGAUGACCCCGGCACUUCCAGUGAACUUAAGGAAGGAGAAACCUUCUGCCGACUAGGGCUUGUUGGCGCUUUUUGGUCCUGAAACCAAAUCCCAACCCCUUCCCCCCCCUUUUUUUGGCCGUUUGGCACCUUUUUCUUACCUCAAUCUCUUCCCGACCUCCACCAUUCGUCCCUCGCUGGCCACGGCAGUCCUCCCUCCCCGUUCCCGCCCCCACCAUCCCCCUUCUCAUCACCCAACCCCUUCCCCACACCACACUUCCCACCCCUCCACCCAAGUCACCAUGGCCACCGGUACUACCAACACCGCCCGUGAACAUCUCCUGGUGGUGCGGAGGCGCAGCCCGCACAUGCGCUACACGCUGAGCCCGGAAAACCUCCGCAGCCUUUCGGCGCAGGGUGGCUCUGGGAAUGCUGGAAGCUCUAGAGGAGGAGCUCCCGAACCGAUGGGCCUUCAGAGGGCCAACAGUGACACGGACCUGGUGACAUCAGAUAGCCGUUCCUCCUUAACAGCCUCUACGUACCAGUUCACGCUUGGGCGAGGGCAAAACCUGGUCAUCUCUUGGGACAUCAAGGAGGAGGUGGAUGCCACUGACUGGAUUGGGCUGUACCACAUCGAUGAGACGUGUCCAGCGAAGGUUUGGGAUUCGAAGAACCGUGGGGUGAAUGGUAUUCAGAGAGGGCAGAUCGUCUGGAGACUGGAGCCCGGACCGUACUUCAUGGAGCCUGAGACCAAAAUCUGUUUCAAAUAUUAUCAUGGAGUGAGUGGAGCGUUGAGGGCCAUAACACCCUGCAUCACGGUCAAGAACCCUGGAGUUACAGUCGGGGCAGAGGGGCUGGUGGAUGGACAGGCGGUCACUGAACACUGCAGGAAAUUAGUCAGCUUUACUCUGUCAGAUAUCAGGGCUCAGGGUCUGAAGAGGGGCAUGUUUUUUAAUCCGGACCCCUAUCUGAAGAUGAGCAUUCAGCCAGGCAAGAGGAACGGCUUCCCUGCAUUCACUCACCACGGCCAGGAGAGACGAAGCUCCAUCAUAUCCAACACCACUAACCCUGUGUGGCACGGAGAGAAGUAUACUUUUGUUGCUCUGAUGACGGAUGUUUUGGAAAUCGAGGUCAAGGACAAAUUUGCAAAAAGUCGCCCGAUCAUCAAACGCUUUUUAGGUCAGCUGACCAUGCCAGUGCAGAGACUGCUGGAGAGACAUACCGCCGGGGAUCAACAUGUGAGCUACACACUUGGUCAUCGUCUGCCGACAGAACAUGUGAGUGGACAGCUUCAAUUCAGGAUGGAGAUCACCUCCAACGGACAUGAAGAUGCUGUGGGGUCUCUGUUGGGAGCUUCCUCUAUGAAUGGAGAUCCAGGGAGCCCAUCAGAUGAUGAGGAUGUUUUGCAUCCUUCAUCCCGCAUGGCCAGGGGUCCCUCGCCCACCGGCUCUGAAGGGUCCCUUCACGGUGACACCUUUAGGACUGAUGAGUGCAUGAUGGACCCUGGUGAGGAUCGGCUCUUGAGAAACGGAGCCCCAGACUUGGCUGAAGGAACCCCGGGCCACACUCAUCGUCAGGCCUCACUUAACGACUAUCUCGAUGCUAUUGAGGCCCCUAAGGGCCCGGGAGACAGACCUCUUGGGGCUGCCUCACCUAAACUACGAUCCAGUUUCCCCACCGACACACGACUUAAUGCUAUGUUACAUAUAGACUCUGAUGAAGACGAGGAGGGACAUGCCUCCCGGGAUCCGGCAUUGACCAAUGGCGGUCCGCGGCCUGGUGGACAAACUUCAUCUUAUACGGACAAAGGGGAGGGGCCUGUCAAAGAGAGGCUUGAGUCGGAAGCGGCGAGCAGUGCCACAGAUACGGAGGCCACAGCAUCGGGGUCAAGCAAUGGCACCACAAAGAACCAAAAUGGAGGUGCAGAGGACAGUCAGGAAGGAGCAGCUGCCUCUGGAGAUUCGACACAGAGCACCGGAAACUCUCAACGGCCAGCUGCCAAAAUACAGGAUGAGGAAGGAGUUGCAUCGAAGGUGGUCACUGGGGAUGAAGGAUCAUUAGAGGCCGCUACAGUCACAGAGUCCUCAGCAUCUGCCAGUAAUGCAGCUAGUGAAGGGGGCGGAGCCACAGCAGCUGAGCAGCCAGAGCAGGGGAACUCCAGUGAGCCGGCCAAUGAGGAGGAGGAAGAUGCCGAAAUCUGGCAGAGGAGGCGGAGUCUGCAAGCAUCAGGCAACGCAUCACAGGCUGAAGGGCCGGAAUUAACCAAUGAUGUGAGAAGGGUAGCAGACGCAUCACAGGCUGCCACAGUAACAGAUGGAGAGAUGGGAGCCAGUGCUCAAGUGAACGGCCAUCAGCCAAUGCAGUCUCUUCCUUCAGUCCGUCACGACAUCAGCCGCUAUCAGAGAGUAGACGAGCCCCUUCCACCAAACUGGGAAGCUCGUAUAGACAGUCACGGCAGGAUUUUCUAUGUGGAUCAUGUGAACAGAACCACCACCUGGCAGCGGCCCACUGCUCCACCUGCACCUCAGGUCCUACAGAGAUCCAACUCCAUUCAGCAGAUGGAGCAGCUCAACCGAAGGUAUCAGAGUAUUCGGAGGACAAUAACCAAUGAGAGGACCGACGAACAGGCUGCAGAGAUGCCUACAGACGAAAACGACCUGCUGCAUCCCUCCAUACCUGAGUACCGUCGGGACGGCGUGGUUGCGCCCGCUAGCUCUCGCUCGCGCUUGUCUCUGCUGCUUCAGUCCCCCAGCGCCAAGUUUCUCACCAGCCCCGAUUUCUUCACCAUACUGCAUUCCAACCCUAGUGCCUACCGCAUGUUUACAAGUAACACGUGUCUAAAACACAUGAUCAGUAAAGUGCGACGGGACGCGCACCACUUUGAGCGCUACCAGCACAAUCGAGACCUGGUUGCCUUCCUCAACAUGUUCGCCAACAAACAGCUGGAUCUGCCGCGGGGCUGGGAGAUGAAACACGACCACACGGGAAAGCCUUUCUUCGUGGACCACAACUGCAGGGCGACCACCUUCACAGACCCCCGACUGCCGCUGCAGAGCGCCCGUCCCAGCAGCCUCCUGGCCCACCGCCAGCACCUCAGCCGCCAGCGCAGUCACAGCGCAGGGGAGGUGAGCACACGACGCCUGGUGGGCGAUGACCCUCGGCAUGCUGGACCCGCGGUACUGCCCCGCCCCUCAAACACCUUCACAGCCAAUCGCAACCAGUGUCAAGAUGUAGUUCCUGUCGCCUAUAAUGAGAAAAUCGUGGCAUUUUUGCGGCAGCCGAACAUAUUUGAGAUCCUUCAGGAGAGGCAGCCUGAGCUCAUUAGGAAUCACUCACUCAGGGAGAAGGUGCAGUUUAUUCGUAAUGAAGGAGCGUCGGGUUUAGCUCGCCUCUCCAGCGACGCAGACUUGGUGAUUUUACUCAGCUUGUUUGAAGAGGAAGUGAUGUCGUAUGUGCCACCUCAUGCCUUACUGCACCCCAGCUACUGUCAGUCACCUCGAGGGUCUCCGGUCCCCUCCCCUCAGAACUCUCCUGGUACACAGCGAGCCAACGCACGGGCCCCUGCACCGUACAAACGGGACUUUGAAGCCAAACUUCGGAAUUUCUAUCGCAAACUGGAGACUAAAGGCUACGGACAGGGUCCGGGCAAAGUCAAGUUGAUAAUCCGCAGGGAUCAUCUCCUGGAGGACGCCUUCAAUCAGAUCAUGUGCUACUCUCGCAAAGAUCUACAGAGGAGUAAACUCUACGUCAGCUUUGUUGGAGAAGAGGGACUGGACUACAGUGGCCCGUCCCGAGAGUUUUUCUUUCUGGUGUCACGGGAGCUUUUUAACCCAUACUACGGCCUGUUUGAGUAUUCAGCCAAUGACACCUACACCGUCCAGAUCAGCCCCAUGUCUGCCUUCGUCGACAACCACCAUGAGUGGUUUCGGUUUAGUGGUCGUAUUCUGGGUCUCGCUCUCAUCCAUCAGUACCUGCUGGAUGCCUUCUUCACACGACCCUUCUACAAAGGGUUACUGCGAAUUCCGUGUGAUCUGAGCGAUCUGGAGUAUCUUGAUGAGGAGUUUCAUCAGAGUCUUCAGUGGAUGAAGGACAAUGACAUAGAAGACAUGCUGGACCUGACCUUCACCGUCAACGAGGAGGUUUUCGGACAGAUCACAGAGCGCGAGCUGAAGCCUGGCGGUGCUAAUAUCCCCGUGUCAGAGAGGAAUAAGAAGGAGUACAUCGAGCGCAUGGUGAAGUGGCGUAUAGAGCGCGGGGUGGUCCAACAGACCGAGAGCCUGGUGCGAGGCUUUUAUGAGGUUGUAGAUGCACGGCUGGUGUCGGUGUUUGAUGCGCGGGAGCUGGAACUGGUGAUCGCUGGGACAGCGGAGAUCGAUCUGGGAGACUGGAGGAACAAUACCGAGUAUAGAGGAGGUUAUCAUGAUAACCACAUCGUGAUUCGCUGGUUCUGGGCGGCAGUGGAGAGAUUCAACAACGAGCAGAGACUCCGAUUGCUGCAAUUUGUGACAGGGACGUCCAGUAUCCCGUACGAGGGCUUCGCCUCUCUCAGGGGCAGCAACGGGCCGCGCCGCUUCUGUGUGGAGAAAUGGGGGAAAAUCUCCUCUCUGCCCAGAGCUCACACGUGCUUCAAUCGUCUGGACCUCCCCCCGUACCCCUCGUUCUCCAUGCUGUAUGAGAAGAUGCUGACGGCAGUGGAGGAAACCAGCACUUUCGGUUUGGAGUGAAGGUUGAUUUUCGCACUUUGAGCCGAUCAAAUAUACUUAGUUUCCAAGACCCGUCAGGAAGAGCAAAGGAAGUAAGCAUCUAAAACAGACACCAGAAGCACUUAGACGUAUAUUUGGUACACCAUAUCACUUAAAAAUACUUCCUCGCAAAGAAAGACACAGAAAAAACCCAUCAGUGAGCUGGACUGGACUGACUGUUUCUCCGACGCAAACAUUGAUCGGCUCGGGAUGAAUCGAGGAGGACAUGACCAGCCAAAUGCUCAUUCAAAUGAGGAAUAUAACAAACCCAAAGGACUCUCUUUUUAUCUGUAAAAAAGACUUUUCUACAGAGCAUCAAAAUGCAGCGUGAAUGAACAUAUACUGUGUUCGUCUCAAACACUAUCACACAUGACAGAGCUGCCCUCUAUACUGAACUGAAAAAAAAAUCUAGAUGUUGUCUCUUCUUUUUGUCAUAUUUCUACAUUAGUCUUUCUCAUAUGUUUGUUUUGACACCGUAUGCUGUCCAAGUAGCUGUCAUGUUGAAUGAAUUUGGUUAUUUAUAUACUCUCACGCGCGACGUUUUCAUAAGGGCAUGUCACGAAUGUGAUCAAAAAAAGAAAUCAACAAUAGAAGAUGAUUUUUGUGACUUCAUAGUCCAACCUUGGCCUUUUCUGUUGUCCUCGGAUUACACGAUUUUAUUUCUGAUGACAUUUGAACAAAUCGAGUGGUCACAUAUCCACAGAACGAAGCUACAGAAACACUCAAAGUCAGCAUGAAAUUAAAACGAACACUGUUUGUGUUACAUAUACGCUUCAUUGUGAUAUAAUAAGGUUUUCUGAUUUAAAUGGAGUAAAAUAGCUUGCGUUACCAUUACAUGUUGACUUAAUUAUUAUUUCCAUAUCGCUUUAGUGGGACAUUAAUGUUGCAGACGCAGCUUUCUUGAAUCUCCUUUCAUUUAUCCACUCUCUUCUCUCGAGUCCAAUCGUGUUUUCUUGUAUGAUUUGAUUCUGGAAUAUCAAGCCCACAAAACCGUAUCGAUACAUUCCAGACUUUUCCAUUUGCGUGAACUCAACUCAAGCCUUUUACGAACCACUGCCGUGGCUGCGGGACAAUGGAUUGUACUCUAGUUCUUGAAUGUUUUGUAAUCUGAAUUUUGUGUAAGGAAUUAAUAUCAGAGGUGGAGCUGAAACUGCCAUGGGGCUUUAAGAGGUCCAUCAAAUUUUGGAAUAGCAAGGAAGACAAACACGAGCAUAUCAUCUUUGUCAGUUCGAUUAUGGCCGGUUAGAUCGCUAAGACAAACCAGAUAGAUCUUCGUCUUUGUAUUAAGGCUUUUUGCAGUGGUGUGCUGAUAUUUGUGCUGAAUGUACCAAAGGUUUAGGGCAGCCAUAGACUGUCCCAACCCUCUUUGUCCAUGUUUGAUUCAUUAAAAAAAGGAAAACAUUUAUGAAAAAAACAAAUAAUGAUAAUAAUAAAAGCCUUUUUUGAAUGCCCCAAUUGUUCCUCUUAAUUUGACUUUUUAGAGUAGCUUUUUCACGAUGAUGUUUUACACACAAUAUAAAAAAAGAUUCUACAUUGGGGAAACAAUUAUGCUUUCUGUCGGUGUUUGAAAAUAUGUAUGUAUGCUUUAUCUGGAGAUUUAAUGGAAUAGUUCAGCUAAAAAAAAAAAACUGAGGUUAUAGGUUUAUAAACCUAAAUGGAUUUUUUUCCUUCUUUGUUUCUUUUGUGGAAUAUAAAAGUUAUUUCACAGAUUGUCCAGACUGCUAUUUCCAAUACUGUGAAAGUGAAUAGAGACUUUGAGUGUAGAAAACUCCAGUGUUUCUUGAAAGAAAGAAAAUCUUGUGUAAAUGAUGUCAGAAUUAGCUUUUUUUUUUUUGUGAACUGUUCCUUUAAAUGUUCCCUGCCUUUCUAGAUCCCAGAAGCUUCAGACUGAGGUCACACAUAAGUUCUGGCUUUCUGCUGAUGUUACUAAAAAAGCUUUCUGUACUACUUCAAUGUUGCACCUUUCACGUGCUCUGAAAACAUGCGACUGUUGAUUGGAUAACAGCUUUCAGAGCUCCACAUUUGGGUUUUUCUGUUUUUGUUUCAGCACAGAUGAUUGUAUAAAGCUGUUUAUCUCACGGAAAA